AUGGGGGUACCUUUAUUUGGUGAUAGCAAACCCUUCUAUUUCCGGAUCUGGAAUGGACUAAGCCAGAAGUUGCAAGGCAAAAAGUCCUGGGAUAAACAUCUGGAUGAAAUCUACUUACUCCAGCAGAAAAGGAUCUGUGAGUCCCCACUCCUUCAGGCUGCCAAGGAGAACAACAUCCCAGUCAUUAUGAAACUUCUCACUGAUGAAACAUGUGAUAUUUAUCAGAGAGGUGCAGUAGGGGAGACUGCCCUCCAUGUAGCUGCCUUGUAUGAUAAUGUGGAGGCUGCACUGGCUCUGAUGGAAGCAGCUCCGGAGCUUGUCAAUGAGAGGAUGACAUCAGAACUCUAUGAAGGGCAGACAGCUCUCCACAUUGCAGCAGUGAACCAGAAUAUCACUUUGGUGAAGGCUUUGCUCAAGAGAGGGGCAAAUAUCUGCACAGCACAGGCCACUGGGCACUUCUUCAGGCGCAGCUCCCAGAACCUUCUCUAUUUUGGAGAACAUGUUUUGUCAUUUGCUGCCUGUGUGGGAAAUGAGGAGAUUGUACAGUUGCUCAUUGAAAAUGGAGCUGACAUUAGAGCUCAGGAUUACCUGGGUAACACCAUCCUCCACAUCUUAGUUCUCCAGCCUAAUAAGACAUUUGCCUGCCGCAUGUACAGCCUGAUACUUUCCUAUGACCAGACCAAAGAGGGACCAAGAUCACUUGAAUUAAUUCCUAACAAUGAGGGGCUUACUCCAUUCAAACUGGCUGGAGUUGAGGGCAACACUGUGAUGUUUCAAUACCUCAUGCAAAGGCGAAAGCAUAAUCUCUGGUCCUUUGGCCCCUUGACCACUGUGCUGUAUGAUCUCACAGAGAUUGACUCCUGGGCUGAAGAUCAAUCCUUCCUUGAACUCAUUGUCUCAACCAAGAAGAGAGAGGCACGCCAGAUCUUAGAUUUAACACCUGUGAAGGAGCUGGUGAGCCUGAAGUGGAAUAUGUAUGGACGGCCCUAUUUCUGCUUCCUGGCUUUAUUCUAUGUACUCUACAUGGUCUGCUUCACUAUGUGCUGUGUCUACCGGCCACUGAAACCUCGAACAGGCAAUAAGACAAGCAGUAGAGACAAUACAGUCUAUGUCCAGAAAAUGCUGCAGGAAUCUUAUGUAACAUAUGAGGAUGAGUUGAGGCUGGUGGGGGAGCUGAUCACAGUUAUUGGAGCUGUAGUAAUUUUGAUCCUUGAGAUCCCAGAUAUUCUUAGAGUUGGAGCAGCGAAAUACUUUGGACAAACCAUCCUGGGAGGACCUUUCCACAUAAUUGUUAUCACAUAUGCUUGCAUGAUUCUGGUAACCAUGGUGAUGCGUCUUACCAGCACUACUGGUGAGGUGGUGCCCAUGUCCUUUGCCCUGGUACUAGGAUGGUGCAAUGUCAUGUACUUUGCACGAGGCUUCCAGAUGCUUGGGCCCUUCACCAUCAUGAUCCAGAAGAUGAUAUUUGGAGAUCUUAUGCGCUUUUGCUGGCUCAUGGCUGUGGUGAUACUAGGCUUUGCAUCAGCUUUUUACAUCAUCUUCCAGACAGAGAACCCUGAAAACCUCGGGCAGUUCUACAACUAUCCCAUGUCCUUGUUCACCACCUUUGAGCUGUUUCUCACUAUCAUUGAUGGCCCUGCAAACUAUGAUGUAGACCUGCCUUUUAUGUACAGUGUGGUAUACUUUGCCUUUGCCAUCAUUGCCACCCUCCUUAUGCUCAAUUUGCUAAUUGCCAUGAUGGGUGACACCCACUGGAGAGUGGCUCAUGAACGAGAUGAACUCUGGAGAGCCCAGAUUGUUGCUACCACUGUCAUGCUGGAACGAAAACUGCCACGGUGUCUCUGGCCUCGCUCUGGGAUCUGUGGGCGGGAGUACGGGCUGGGGGACCGAUGGUAUCUCAGAAUAGAAGACAGAAUUGAUCCCAACAAACACAAGAUGAUGCGAUUCACAGAAGCAUUUAAGGGUCAUGAUAGGGAUAACUGUGACAAAAGUCUGGAAAAGCUGGAUAUUGAUACGAACAUCCUGUACAAGAAGGACAUGUCCAUUCCAUCAUUGUCACGAGGCACAUCUAGGACUAAUUCUCAGAGUGGCUGGGAGAUCCUGAGGCGCAAUACUUUCCACCAACUUCAUGGAGAAAUCAAUCAUGCCAUGGAAGAAGUCUAUGAUGUCUAACCUUCUUUAUUCAUUCCACAGCAUGGAUUGCAUUUGCCACAGUAGUUGUCUCCUCCAACUGUUCAUACACACUCCAGCAUGCUACAGAUUCAACAGCAUUGCAGAGCUCUGCCAGUGCAUCACAAAUUGUUCCUGGUAUCUUUGUUAUGAUAUAUAGAUUAAGUCUUUCUCUCCUACUUUUUAGGGGUCCCUGCUUUUGCAUUAAUAUUUGUGCCAAGUUAGUUGGCUUGUUGAGCUAAGGCCUGUAGUUUAUAAUGCCCACAGAACUGAGCAAUAGAAGCCAGCACUGGAAUUUCAACAAUUUACUAAGAGGCAGUUAGUAAGACCUUUCCCAGAGUGUAACAUAU